CACGGUGUCACAUAAAUUGGGAUAGCAAAAGUAACAUAUAUUAUUUGAAAAUAACGUAAAAAAAUAUUAUUUCUCAUAAUAAUUGACAAGUUAAAAUAUUUAAAAAUCAUAUAAAAAUUUAGAUGGCUCUCCAAAUUUUAUCUGUAUCAUAUAAAUUAAAAUAGAAGAUGUACCAUGUAUUGGACUCGUAUUGGCGCGAGCUCAUGUAUCUAGUGUAUAGAUAUAUAGUCAGAUAAGCACGGCUAGUGCCCGCUAGUGUACAGAGAGCAGGAAAAUUAGAAAACUAUAUGAAAGACAAAAUCCAUAUUCGUUAUUUGACCAAUUAAGCGUACCAAUUCUUUUGAAAACAUUAAUUAAAAAGAAUUACCAAACCAUUUAAAAAGACUCCCAACUUUUCAUUAUUCAACAUGCCAAUUUCACAUUACUACUAAAUUCUUUAAUUAAUAAUUUGGUUUUGCACCCCUUUAAUCAUGUUUCUGUAUUUGUUAGCAAUCAUUCCUUUGUGUUUGCUAGUGAAAUUUGUAUCAAAAACAUCUCUACUUCAUAUUCUCAAGAAAUGGUUGCGUUCGUUACAAGACAAAUGCUAUGUUUACCAGUUCUACAAGGUACCCGAAUUCAACCACAACAUGCAGGAAAAUCAACUUUAUCGAAAAAUCAGCACUUACCUGAAUUCUUUACCCUGUGUUGAAGAUUCCGAUUUCACCAAUCUUUUCUCCGGAAGCAAACCCAAUGAAAUCAACCUCGUUCUCAACGCCAACCAGAAAAUCGUUGAUAAUUUCCUCGGCGCCAGAGUUUCUUGGAUCAAUGAGAAGAAUGAAAAAACCGGUCACAAGUCAUUUGUUCUGAAGAUAAGUAGGAACGACAAGCGUCAAAUUAUCCGUACUUAUCUUCAACACAUUCACUCGAAAUUCGAUGAAGUUGAGCAGAGGAGAAAGGAGGUGAGAUUGUUUGUCAACAAAAACGAUGAAUUGGAUGGAGACCGACGGUGGAUAUCAGUAGCGUUUACUCAUCCGGCGAGUUUUGACACUGUCGUAAUGGAACAGGAUCUGAAGAACAAGGUCAAAGCCGAUUUAGAAACGUUCCUAAAAUCAAAGCAGCAUUAUAAUCGAAUCGGGCGGAUUUGGAAACGGAAUUAUUUACUACACGGACCUUCUGGCACAGGAAAAUCAACAUUCAUUGCAGCAAUGGCAAAUUUCCUAAGCUACGACGUGUACAAUAUUGAUUUAUCAAAAGUCUCCGACGAUUCAGAUCUGAAACUACUUCUAUUGCAGAGCACGAAUAAGUCAUUGAUUGUUAUCGAAGAUCUCGAUAGUUACCUGUGUAAUAACUCAACAGCUCUAAGCUUCUCUGCGAUUCUCAAUUUCAUGGACGGAAUUUUUUCAUGCUGCGCGGACGAACGAAUUAUGAUAUUCACGAUGAACAGAAAAGAUCAGAUUGAUCCAGCAAUUCUAAGGCCUGGAAGGAUUGAUCAUCACAUACACUUCCCCUUAUGUGAUUUCAACGCAUUCAAAAGUUUAGCUAACAGUCAUUUGGGAUUGAAAGAUCACAAGCUUUUUCCACAGGUAGAGGAAAAUUUUCAAACCGGGUCGGUUUUGAGUCCAGCUGAAAUCAGUGAAAUCAUGAUUUCAAACCGGAGUUCGCCGACCAGGGCGUUGAAAUUGGUGAUUUCUACUCAUCGGAGUAACAGUAAGGUCAUCCCUUCGAGAACAUCCGAUAAAAUUGAAACAAUACACAGUAACAUUGAAGCUGACCUAGCACCUAAGCAUCCACUAUGGUUGAGUAAAUCUAGAUCGGUUCGACCCGUGGAGGAAUCGGGUGAGUCGGAUAAGUAUCCACAAGGAUUGAUCAAAUCUAAAUCGGUUCGACCCAUGGCGGAAUCGGGUACAUUUGGCAAGGAAAGUGUAAACGAGCUUAGAAAGUUUUAUGGACUUAUAAGAAUAAAGAGUAGUAGGAAGAAAUCUUUAGAUUUUGAUACCUCAGAAAAAUAAAAUUCUAGGCUUGAUAUUGGUAGCUAGUUAGCAUGAAAAAUGCAUUUGUUCAAUUAGGUGUGACAUGAAUUUUAGUUUUGGGGCUCCAACAAUUAAUGGACCUUUUGUUAGAUAAUCAUCUCUUCUUUAGUGUAAUUCAAUAAUGAAAAGUAAAUUAAGAGU